UGAAGUUAGUUAUCUUAUGUUCAUGUUACUUUAAUCAUUUUUAUAUGUUUGUUUAUUGUAAUGAAUACUAUAUAGGAUAAUCCAAUAACUGGUGAGCAGUCUUCGGCUCUUGAGAAUUGGAAGGAUCAACACUUGACUCGUAGUGGUGAAUGGAGGACUAAAGAAGCACAUGACAAAUAUGUCCGAAUGAGCGAGGAGUACCAGACACAAUUAGAACAAGCAGGAUCAUCUUCAUCAAUAAAUGAAAUUGAUAUCAUGAACCGAAACUUGAAGAAUCAUCGAGGACGGCAAAGUGGAGUAGGUCCUACACUGUCAAAGAGUGCAUCUCGUCGCUUGGAAGAUGGUGCUACUUCCACAUUGCAAGAUCACCGUGAUGCUCAGAUAAGUGAAUUGCGGGCAAAUCAGGAAUUGAUACUCAGUGCUCUACGACAUUUUAUUCCCGGCUUUCAGUUGCCUUCACGCGCCUCCGGAAGCGACGUUCCUUCGAUGUCCAGUGCGAAUCAACCUGAUGAGAGCCACAAUGAUGAUGAUGAUCAGAAUUAGUGAUAGCAUGUUCAAUAUGCGUUCUAAUUUGUUAAUGUGGAUGAGUUUAUGUCUGUUUGAAUUAUGACUUUGUUUGACAGGAAUUACUUUAGUUUUAACGUUAAUUUAAUAUUAUAAGACAUUUAACGAAUUGAUAUGUUGGGAAUGAUA